AUGCUUAUUAAAACCAACAAAAUUCGCAACUUUUCCAUUAUUGCUCAUAUUGACCACGGAAAAUCUACUUUGGCUGACCGUUUAUUAGAACUAACAAAUUUAAAAAACAGUAAUAAAUCUUUGGACAGAGUGCUCGAUAGUCUUUCCCUGGAACAAGAAAAAGGUAUUACUAUUAAACUAAAUGCUGUUCAAUUGUAUUAUCCGCCGGAAAGCCCUGAACCUUAUAUUUUUAACUUAAUUGAUACCCCGGGUCAUGUCGAUUUUAUGUAUGAAGUAUCCCGUUCUUUGGCUGCUUGCGAAGGAGUAAUAUUGUUGGUUGACGCCGUGAAAGGCAUUCAAGCUCAAACCCUGGCUUAUUAUGAAAUUGCUAAAAAGCUUAAUUUAAAAAUUUUACCGGUAAUUAACAAAAUUGACCUACCGCACGCCCAAUUAGAAGCUACUAAAAACCAACUUAUUGAACUGCUGAACUGCCAAGAAAGUGAGAUUUGUUUAAUUUCGGCCAAAACUGGGAAAAAUGUCGAUUUAUUGUUGGAAAAAAUAAUUAUCCCCGACGAUAAUUCGAUUUUAACUAAUAGUAUUCGCAACAACCCAAAUAAUAGUCGCGACAUUUUUAUCAUUCCUUUUACUGACUUAAAAUUUCAACCAAAUUUUUUCAAAAAUGUUUUUGCUGCCCAAGACAUUCUUUUAGUUAAAAACACCGACCAAGUAAAAAAAAUAACUCAAAAAGAAUUUUCUUCCUCCCAAACUAUUACUUUUAAGGUGCUAGGUCAAAAGAAAACGAGAAAAGAAGAAUUUGAUUUAAUAGUUGCGAACAAUGAUUUGGAUGCUGCUGAUAAUUAUGUUAUUAGACUUUUGGCUGACAUUACUCGGGUUUUUAACCAAAAAAAACUCCAAGCAAUAGAGAAUAUUAAACAACAACUAAAGAGUAGCGGGGUUUAUACCAAUAAAGAAAUAGACGAUUAUAUUAAUAAUAAAGGUCUUUUUCUCAGUUUAAUCAAUAAAACUAUUGCUGAACUUAAAGAAGAUAUUGAAGAAAUUAUUAAAGAAAUAAAGAAAGAAUUAUUUGGUCCUCCGCCAGUCACGAUUGCUACAAUUUCUUCCCAGUAUCAUGAUUAUGAGAGAAUGCCCUACACUACUUUGGAAAAGGCCAAACCACAAAUUAUUGAAGAAAUUAAAUUCAAAAGGGCGGAAAAAGAACUAAUUAUGGCACUAAAAGCGGCGGAAAUAUGUCAGGAUAAUUACAUACAAAAAGCCGAAGAUCUCGUUCUAACUGAUAAGGACCCGUUCCAAAACUUUCCCACUGAGAUUAAGAAUUACAAAAGCAAAGCAGAAAUUGAAAAGCAAGAACAAGCCGCCUAUCAGCAUAUUCUCGGCAAGUUUAAAGCAAAAGUGCAACAAGACUUAGGUCCCGAACAACAAACUAAUGAAUACCAAGCUCUCAAUCAAGCCACCACUUUUGACUUGGUGAAAACAGUUCGAGGAAAUAUAAUGGCAGCCCGAAGAAAAAGUUCCCCUACUAAUCCUCUUAAUCCAGACAACCAAGGCUCAGAAAAAAAACCACUAAUUCCUUUGCCACCUCUUCCAGAAAAAGGAGAGAAAUCGGGCCUUAAAGUAACGGAUGAUGCCCCAAAGCCAGGGGCUAAACCGUCAGAAUUGAACAAGGGAAACGAUAAUAAAGACAAAAAAGAACAAUCUAAACCAAAAGCCCAGAGCAAUAAAAUUCCUCUACCGGUCAUAGUAUUUUUGGCAUUAACACCAUGA